CACCUCACAAGUAAGCCGAUGCACGGACCAACCAACGAUAAGAGAGAAGCAACCACCGAGGAUCCCGAUCGACAGUUCUGACCUCAGUACUGACCUCAGUACGGACCUCUUGUACCAGGGCAACUCCCAGCAAACGUGGGAAGAUAUGUCUUUCAAUGGCUCUUCUAUGACCGUAUGAUUACCAUUGGGACACUGGCUGUCUGUAGUCCGGCAACAUGUCUCACGAAUACUCCUCAUCAAACCCUUUCCGCAGAAAGGCAACAGCGCCUACAUCAACAGCCUCUGCCGUUCCACCAGAAAUACCCUCUACCAUUACUCACUUCACGUACUCGCAGGCUGAUCCAACAACAAGCUUCCAAAGCAAUCCACAAUCAAAGAAGACGCAAAAGAAAGUACGAGUACAGUCCCCUCCUCCGCCAUCUCCUUCCCUACCUGUUUCCUCGACGAUACUUGACGAUGUUCCGGCAUACAGCGAACCUUCGAAACUCAUUCCACGAGAUGACAAUCCUUUUAGCAGGGCUCCUUCGGACACAUCUGAAGGAGACCGACUUGGAAAACCGUCUCAGGCCCCGCCGAACCCAUUUCAGAAGACAUUGGAGACGAUGGAGCAGUCGGUACGGGAGGGAACCGGGCCCCCCAAACAUAUAAACCAGGGGAGGGCAUCCUUAGACGUGGAGGCUUUCAAGAGGCUGCUCUUGACGGGGAAUGCAGGGCUGGGAGUAUCUACACUAGGUACACCACCAGCGCAUCUACAUAACAGACUAGGGGACGGAGGUAGCAGCACAGACGCAUCAUCCAUAUCACGGCACUCAAUGUUUGAGCCAAUACAAGGAGCGCUCCCCGAGUCACCUCGCACAUCACACGAGAUAUCAGACCUGGAAGACAACUUACGAGGGAUAAACACCACAUCCUCGACAACGGGUAGAAUGAAACCGCCCCCUCCAAGUUCCCGGCAUGGAAAGCUCAUCAAAGUUGAGCUACGAGAUGAUUCUCAUAUAAAUACAAACGCACUAGCGACACAACAACCAUCAACGCUGGGAUCGGCUAAUUACCAGGAUUACUUUGGCUCCUCGCAACCAUCCAUGAAGAGAUCACCGACAGAUCUUAACAAACCUCUCCCUCCGGCGCCAGACCGCGCCUUCCAUGAGUUUGACAUAGAAUCUGUAUACGAUCGCGAGGCCGCGGGCAAAGCCCCUGAGCCCCCUUCCCCUGGCGGUUCUAUGCGGCGGAAAACCCCGCCUACCCCACCGCUCACCCGGCGGCAUUCCCAGCGUGUAUCCGAUUCAAAGAUCACGAGAGGAGAUGUGGGAAGGUUAUCGCCGAAAGUUGAAGAAGAGCCCCCGAAGCAGAGGCCUGCAAGUAUAACAAGCAUUGAACCUAUCAGCAACGGAGGGAGACCACGCUCCGACAGCGGGCGUGUGCCUCCUCCGCCGCCUUCCCGCCGUCCUGGCUCACUUCGCAACUCAUCACGUCAAAGCUCCCUGCCGAGUUCUCCGGUGGCAUCACAGCCGCCUACACUACCAGCGGCAAGAGGACCCACGAGAAGCGUUUCAGCCCGAGAGAGACCUCCAAGUGUGGUUAUGGAUAUUGACUUGAAUAAACGAGCUUCCACGAUCCCACCACCCCCUCCUCCACAUAGACAUGGGAGGAGUAGUAUGGAGGGUGGGGCUUCCCAGAGGACAAGCGGGGACUACAGUAGGAGCGGAGAUGGUUUGAGGAGGGGGAGUGAGGCGAGUUCUAUCCAGCAGGAGGGAUUGGGUGAUAGGCCAGAUAUUCUAGCGGACUUGAGCAAGCUGCAGAAAGAGAUUGAUGCGUUGAGGGCCAGGGGUGUGAGGGAGAGUGUCACCUGAUGAAGAAAUCUCGACACUCAUGGAACCAC